AUGUCCCUCACAACGCACGCCGUCAAGAUAAUCCCGUUCUUCACAACUCCGCACCUCUCCUCGCUUCUCGCCUUCUACAGAAUCUACCUUCCAGACUUCACAAUCUCAGCGCACCCAGCCGACUCUCCGGAGCCGACGUUCGCGUCCAUCGCUGCAGGCCCGGGCGCCGCGGCAAACAUCUAUAUCCUCCAGGACACGGCCCAACAACGCGCCCGGGGAAGCUGCAUGCUCAUGCUCGACUCGCUGGGCAUUCUGGGGGAGUUUCACGCACGCCUUGGAGCAGCGGCCGCUCAGGGAGGCCUGCUGCGGCGGGGUGACGCGGUCGAGGACUGGAUCGGAAUGCCCAGUGCUGCGCCCGCCACCGACGGGCCACAGAUCGCUGUUUUGGGACCGCUCGAGGACAAGCCCUGGGGAUAUCGCCAGUUCGACCUCGUGGAUUUGCACGGCAAUAUGAUUGUAUUCUUUGCCUUCUUGGACGAGUGA